AUGAAAGCUCAAACCAGGUUGAUCAGAAUCUCUCGUACAUUCAAAGAGGCUAAACAGGCGAUGAGAUGGGAUGCUGAUAGAAAAUGUUACCUUGAUCCAAAUGGAAACAUUGCAGUUGAUCCAGAUUCCUUUAUUGUUGAUCUUUUCAUCCAACAAUUUGCUGAACAAGAAGAAGCAAAUCAAAGAUUGUGGUGGGGUGGAGAAACAGAAAAAGUAGAAACUGAUAAAAAGGAAAAAGAGAAAGAUGAAACUUCAAAAUAUGUACUUGUAAUUCAAGAAGAAAACAUCAUGGCUGAAAUCAAGGUGAAAACCAGAGAAGAGAUUCUGAGUGAAAAAACAUACCGAGAAAGAAACAUUGCUUGGAACAGAAUGGAUGAAAUGCAAGAAGAGUAUGAGAGUGCUGUCAUCAAUAAGAGAUGGGACAAAAAGCGAGAAUGCUAUGUCAACAGAAAUGGUGAACCUGUUGUUCCCAAGAAAGACAUAAUCUUUGAAGAUAUUCUUUUGGAAAUUCCUCGAUCCAUUGAGUACUAUACAAAUAUUGGGAAAGACAAAACAUAUGUAAAAAAAGUUGAAAAACACCUUAGAGAUGUUAUGAUUUCAAGUUUAAGGAAGAUGGAUGAAGAAAGAAUGAAGAAGAGUGUUGAUGAGAUGGUGAACGAUUUGAAGAAUGUCGCUGAGGAAGUUAAAGUUGAAGAAGUGAAAGUUGUUGAAAAUGAGAAGAUUGCUGAAGAAGAGAAUGUAGAAGAAAAAGUUGUUGAAAAAGAAGCUGUUACUGAAGAACAGCAUGUUGAAGAAGCUGAGGAGAAUCUAGAAAGUUCGGGUGAAGUGAAGAGUGAUGCUGGUGCUGGUGAUGAGAAAAAGAAAGAUGCUGAUCAAUUGGAAGUUGCAGUAAACACCGAGGUGCCAAUAACUGAGGUAAAUUCUGAUUCUGAAACUCAAAUCAAAAUCGUUGAACAGUUCAAGAAAUGCAUGGAAACUGUGUAG